UUGGAACAAUGAUUUUAGCUAUGGAGGAUUAGGAAUGGCUUGCAGAGUUGGCAAAGUCGCUCUCUUCUUCGCUCAUUCAUUCUAGAAAACAAACGUACUCUUCUCGGCAGUUAAGCUGCUCCAAUCUCCUCACCUACUCUCUUCCUCUCUCUACAAAACCGCAUUCACUCCUUUUAUCUCUCAUCUUUUCUUCAUUUAUUGUUUCUUUCAUUCAUUUCACUUCCAUUCUUUCAAUUUCACACUUAUUUCUCUGCUCCUCCUCUAUGUCCUUUAUGUGAAUAAUAUCUCCUCUUCUUCCUCUUCUUCGCUUGGAAGCUACUGAGCUGGAAUUUGAGAGGAGAAGGUGAAAUGCCUCUGGUGAGGUUUGAAGUUAGGAAUGAGUAUAGGUUGGGUCAGCCGGAGCUCUACAAAGAAGCUAACCGUGAAGAUCCUAAAGCUGUGCUUGAUGGUGUCGCUGUUGCUGGUCUCGUUGGGAUCUUGCGCCAAUUAGGCGAUCUCGCUGAAUUUGCAGCAGAGGUUUUUCAUGGCUUACAGGAGCAAGUAACGACUACAGCUUCUAGAAGUCAUAAAUUGAAGGUUCGUGUGCAAAAGAUUGAAGCUAAGCUUCCUUCUCUAGAGAAGGCGGUGCUGGCCCAAACAAGUCACAUACACCUUGCCUACACAGCUGGUUCUGAAUGGCAUUCUCGUAUUCAUAAUGGACAAAACCAUUUUAUCUCUAAUGACUUGCCUCGAUUUAUUAUGGACUCUUAUGAGGAAUGUCGUGAUCCUCCACGCUUACAUUUGCUUGACAAAUUUGAUACUGGUGGCCCAGGAUCUUGUUUAAAGAGAUAUUCUGAUCCAACCUUUUUUAGAAGAGCAUCAGGCAACUUCAAUGAACCAGAUGUUGAGAAAUUCCCUAAAGAAAAGAAGACUCGAAAAACCAAGAAAAAAAGACCAUCACGAAGAAAUGCUGACUUUCUGCGUUCUGCAUCAAUGCCAAAUCAGAGUGCCAGAAUGCAGUAUGCUACUACAAUUGUUAAUGGGCGGACUUCUUCUCCUACUGGUACAUCCUCCACAAAUGAUAUGACAUUGAAAUCUGAUCUGGGUGAUCAUUCAAAUUCGUUUGAUUCAAGAACUGGGUCAGCUUAUGUUGAAUGCGUUUUCCAUUUAAGUUCCUCUAGGCAACCUGAAGAACAUGAACCUAAGGAAUACUCUUCAAGGUUCAUGCAUCAUAAUGAUAACAUUGAUUCAGUUUUCCCUGAUGGACAACACAGCAUUGAAACUAAGAAUUUCCCUCAGAGUUCAUCACCUGAGCCAACUGUGCCUGCUUCAUCUUGUGACACAUGGGAUGAAAAAGCAGAAAUAGUGGAGACUAAGGGUCUAAAUUGUGAUGGGAGUGAAUCUCCGGAGAUGUCUACAACAGAUUAUGAUCUAGGCAUUCAUCAUGAGGAAAUUGCCAACUAUAGAGAUCCUGAUGAAAGUGGCAUGGUUUUUGACAAUGAAGAUGCACAGAAAUCAAGCACUGACAAGAAUGAGAUUGAUGAAGUUGAAAGUGAACCAGACAAUUAUGAAGAUGCCCUUAACACCAUAGAAUCAGAAUCUGAAAAUGAUCUUGAUUGCCAAACGAAGCGUGAAUUGGAGCAACUUUCCUCCAAAGUUAAUGAUGAAGGAAUAGAAGAUGAAGCAAGCAAGAUGGCACAACAUAUUUCAGUUGAUUUUCCAGCUAAAUCAGAAUCUUAUAUUGCAUCUGACAUUUCUCUGAAAGGAAUGGUCAGUGAAUUGCCAAUAUCUGUUCCUUCAAAUACAAUUGUCCAUGAACAUGCAUCUUAUAUAUCCGAAGAACCAUCUGGUUCAGACAUUUCUCCAAAGGAAGGAAUGGUCAGUGAAGAACCAUCUGGUUCUGACAUUUCUCCAAAGGAAGGAAUGGUCAGUGAAGAACCAUCUGGUUCAGACAUUUCUCCAAAGGAAGGAAUGGUCAGUGAAGAACCAUCUGGUUCAGACAUUUCUCCAAAGGAAGGAAUUGUCAGUGAAUUACCGAUGCCUAUCCCUUCAGAUACUGUUGCCCAUGAACAUACAUCUAAUACAUCCAAAGAACCUUCUGUUUUAGACAACAUUGGAAGUUCUACUUGUGCUGACGCCCUUGAUGGUUCAGAAGUAGGAUCUCUUGUCAGUGAUCCAUCAUCCUCCAGCGAUGGAAUUUCAAAUCUAGUAGAACCGUUGAGUGAAAUUACUGCGAGCAGUGCCUGCAAGCCUCAAGAAUCUCCCAAGACUCAAGAAUUGGCCAAGUCUCACGAAUCUCCAGAGUCUCAGAAAAUGGCUGUCUCUCAAGAAUCUCACAAGUCUCAAGAAUCUCAGGCUGAAUUGUCUAGUGUUCUUUCAGUUUCAUUCUGGACAAAUGGUGGUCUGUUAGGACUUGAGCCAUCAAAGCCUCCUGAUUUUGCUGUAUCAAACGCAUCAAUGCAGGAUUCUUUGGCGAGAUGUAAAGGUGAGGUAAAAAGUUCCCCAAAUCUUGGUUCCAUGCCAAGCGACAAUGGAGAGAGAGUGAGGCCUGGCAGAUUGAUCAAGGAUGAUCACUUCAAUUCACGGUGUGAGGAUCAAGAUGCUGAAAGUGAAAAAUCUGGUGAUUUUCAUCAUAGUAAUAGAUUUGGUAGCGUUCAUAUGGGAGGAUUGAAUGGUACCAGUAUAGCGAAACCAGAAAAAGAGCUGUGCCCUGAUGCAGAUGUCAAAUCUGCAUCACGUGAGACUAGUCAGGAGAAUGAUGAAAACUCAGGUCAAAUGUUUGGACUUGGCCCUAGGUUGCUGAUUAAUGGUUUACGUAAAACGAUGUCACUUAUCCCUGAUAGUAAACCUGAGAUGGCCAGCUCACAGAGAAGUAAUGCAUUAGAGCAGAGAAAUGGGCAUGAUAGCAUUGCAUAUCAUGCAAAUCCAGGGAAAGCAUCCAAUGACAAGUUUGGACAUAAAUCUAUUGUAGAUUCACUUACUUCUUCACCACCACUAGAACAUAUGAAAAUGUCUUUCCACCCUAUUGAUGGCUUUGAGGUUUCCAAAUUGAAGCUGAAAGUUCCUGAUGGGAACCACAGUACUGGAAGCUUUAGAGAUAUGUUCCCAUCAUUUCAAUUGGUCCCAGAGCAUUGUAUUCCAAUGCAACAUGCAGGUUCUGAAUCUGAUGAUGAUACCUUCUGUAGAUCAUCUCCUUAUAUGUCAGAUGACUGUCUUAGCCAUCACUCUGAUUCCUGUUCUGAGCAAUGGGAACCUGGUGAAUCUCCUCAAAACCAGGACCCUGGGCUAUAUGAUGCUUUAUGCAGAAUAUCUUCUGUUGAAUCUGUUUCAAGCUCUCUUCAAGCUGGAGAAAUGGGUAAAAAUGGCCUUCACAUGGACUCUGGACUUAAAAGUGAAUAUACUGAGAAUGGUGCAGAUCCGUCUCUCCAUUCUUUGCUAGAUCUUCCCAGUUUUGAUGCUGUGAGCCCUGUACUACAGGAAAAGGAAAACGAAAAUUUGGAUCCAAGGAAUCUCAUAGAAUUGCACAACCCUAAGGAGUGCAACCCAGUUCCACCACCUCCUCCCCCAGUGCAAUGGUGGGUCACAAAACCUGCCUCUUAUGUGGCAGAAGAAAAACAAAAUAUAGUGUCUGACACUGUGAGUGAGCAGCAUAUAGUUGAUCUAAAGCUUUCAGGAUCUAUAAUAUCUCAGCAACAUAAACCAGCCCCAGCUAAAAAGCAUCAAACAGUUGAGGAGGCCCUUAAGUUUAAACCAAAUAACAAGCAGGACCAUUGGAAGCUGAAUGCACAGGGAGAAGUUAGUGUACCUCCAAAUGGCAAAGGGAUGGAUGAAAAGGAAGAUUUUUUGCAUCAGAUCAAAACAAAAUCAUUCACUCUUAGACGGACUGUGACGGCAAAGCCUACCUUCGCAUCGGGUCCUGCUGCAAAUGACAAAGUCUCUGCAAUUUUGGAGAAAGCAAAUGCAAUCCGACAGGCUGUUGGAAGUGACGAUGGGGAAGAUGAUGAUACUUGGAGUGAUACUUGAUCCAGUUACAGACAUUUUGCAAUAUGAUGAAGAAGCGAAUCGUCAUUGUAAUUUUGAGUUCGUGUAGUUGGGGGAGGCUGUAAUGUAUAAUAUAUAUAUAUAUGUAUAUGUGAAUAAUUCCAGUUCCUUUUGUGUAAUUAACUUGUAGGGAUUGCAAAUACUUGCAUUAAUUUUUCUUAGUUUAGGAAAAAUGGUGUAAACAAUGAGAUAAUAUACCAUCAUGUAGUUUUCCAUCCCUGAGGCACUUAUUUAUGCGUGGUGCCUGAGCAUAUAUAAAUGUUCCAUGAAUUAUGGUUUUUGAGCUAUUAAA